AUGAUGCGCAAGAAAGAAACUUAUACCAACAUCACACCCAUCCCCUCAAAUGUGCCCCGCCAACUGGCCCUGGACAUUCUCCAUAGCCACGGCGAAAUCAUCACGCUUAACCCGCUCGUGCUCUCAUAUCACGCUAUCAGGGCCCCACGAGAUGCCGCCGCAGAUGAAUACUACUCCACGUGGUAUGAGAUCAUCGAGCGCGUCCAGUAUCUGCCGGGUCUAGGCAAGAUGGGAUCAGGCAAGGUCAGCUUCAAGGGCUGUUUCCACGAUACCGAAUGGGGACUGGAGACGCAUACGUUCGUUCCGCUAGGAAUCGAUAUUAAAAGCAAAUGGCGCAUUGCAGGCAACCAACCCGAUGAACAACGUAAAUUCAAUGAAUUCCGCCACGAUGCAGCCCCCGAGAACGGACUGUAUCUCCAAGAAGAUAUCGAAAUCAACUGCAAUAUCACGUUGAUCUCCUUCGUCAAGAGUCAGCUCAAGGCCGCUUCGAAGGUGCUGGUGGAUCGUCUGAUUAAAAAGGCUGAGCUACUUGAUGCGGGUGUUUUGCAGGCGAUUAUGGAGGAUGGGAGACUUAAGACGAUUAAUCCCGCCGAUCUAUCGAGUAUGGCCCGGUCGGACUCGUUGGCAUCCCGGAGACAGUCUGAUACAAUCUCGCUCAAUUCUUACCAAUUGCCUCGUUCGCCGACGGUGUCUUCGCGACAGGGCUCUGUGCCGGGGGCGUCGCAAUCAAAGCACCCUCUUGCACCGCCACAGUAUGGUGAAGGCAAGAGCUUCGCUGCAGAGUUGCCUGCCGAUUUCCAUCAUCCGCAGCAAAAUAUAGAUCCAUCGGCUUAUCGAGGGAAAUCGUACACGGCGGAAUUACCUGCAACAAUUGAGAGACCGGAAGGGUAUCCUCAGUCGAAGAACUUCGUUCACGAAUUACCUGAGUCACGUUGA